CCGUGUGGCUUGGCAGGAAUUCUUCCCGCUGCGGGUGCAGAGGGGUACAGCGUCGGCCUUUGAAGGGAGCGGGACCAGCAAGAAGGGCCGCCUUGUCCCCAGGCCUGAGGCCAUCCACCCGCCCAGCCGCUGUGUUCCACGGAAUUUCCCCUCCCCCGCAGGGCCUGACCUUGCAGCCACCAGAGAAGUCUCCGGCCUGGUUGCUGCGUGACAAUGUCUUCCAUUAAAAUCGAGUGUGUCUUGCCUGAGAACUGCCGGUGUGGUGAGUCUCCAGUAUGGGAGGAAGCGUCCAACUCUCUGCUCUUCGUAGACAUUCCUGCAAAACGGGUUUGCCGGUGGAAUUCACUCACCAAGCAAGUACAGCGAGUGACCAUGGAUGCCCCAGUCAGCUCCGUGGCCCUUCGGCAGUCGGGAGGCUAUGUCGCCACCAUUGGGACAAAGUUCUGUGCUUUGAACUGGGAAGACGAGUCAGUAGUUGUCCUGGCUGAGGUGGAUCAAGAUAAGAAAAACAAUCGAUUCAAUGAUGGAAAAGUGGAUCCUGCUGGGAGAUACUUUGCUGGCACCAUGGCAGAGGAAACCGCCCCAGCAGUUCUUGAGCGGCACCAGGGGGCGCUCUACUCCCUCUUUCCUGACCACCAUGUAAAGAAGUACUUCGACCAGGUAGACAUCUCCAAUGGUCUGGAUUGGUCCUUGGACCACAAAAUCUUCUAUUACAUCGACAGCCUGUCCUACUCCGUGGAUGCCUUUGACUAUGACCUGCAGACAGGACAGAUCUCCAAGCGCAGAAGUGUUUACAAGCUGGAGAAAGAUGAGCAUAUUCCAGACGGAAUGUGUAUCGACGUGGAGGGGAAGCUGUGGGUGGCCUGUUACAAUGGAGGAAGAGUGAUCCGUCUAGACCCUGUGACAGGGAAAAGACUUCAAACUGUGAAGUUGCCUGUUGAGAAAACAACUUCAUGCUGCUUUGGAGGGAAGGACUACUCUGAAAUGUACGUGACCUGUGCCCGGGAUGGAAUAGACCCCCAGGGUCUUCUGAAGCAACCUGAAGCUGGCGGAAUUUUCAAGAUAACUGGCCUGGGGGUCAAAGGACUCGCCCCCCACCCCUACGCAGGCUGAGGGACAGGUCUCUCCUGCUGCAGGAUGCUUUGAAGACAACUGGGGAAUUCUGGAGCUGAAAUUUCAGUCUAGUUAGAAAAAUGAGGCAAUGAUAUUAUUAAUUGGUUUAAUUUUAAUAUAUAAUUUUGGGGUGCUAGAGAUUAAACCCAGAGUCUACCACAUGCUAAGCAUUUGCUGUACCACAGAACUACAAUCCUAGCCUCAUUUAUAUUUUUUCAAAGACAGCAUUUUUAACAGGAUGACAGGUGGUUUUGAUAAUACACUAUAAGGCCUCCUGUAAAAGGUCUGUAGAGCCAGAUGUGGUAGCGCAGGAGGAUUGUGGUGAGUUCGAGGCCAGCCUGGGCUACAUAGUGAGUUCAAGGCCAGCCUGAACUGCGUAGCGAGACCCUGUCUCAAAAAGACAAAAACAAAAAAAUGAAAAGGUCUGUGAAAGAGCAAAGGGUUGUUCAACUAUCUCCUGGCCUCUUGAUUCUUUGAAAAUUGCUCAGAGGGGUUGGAAUAUGACCAUAUCUGUUCUUUAUUCCACAUUCCAUAUGUAAUAUAUACCUAAACCUUCAAAAAACUAAUCAAUAGGUACUUAGUAAUAAAUUAUUACAACUAUGUUCCCUUUUGUUUUCACUUUAAUCUCCUAAAAUAUACCAUAUGCUAAUAUAUCUU